AAUCACCACUACCCAUGCAAAUACAGAAAGCAUGGCCAUGUUAAGUAUCCACAAUAAGAAAGGGGGUUCUUCUAAACCCGCUUAUCAAUUCCGCUCACAACAAGGAUAUAAUUCACAACAAGGACAGAACUCACAACCUCGUUCCUCUUUUCGAGGGAGCCAAAAAGAGACUCGACGUUGCACUCACUGCAAUGGAGAUACUCACACCGUUGAUACUUGCUAUUAUCUCAAAGGGUUCCCUCCAGGACAUAAGUGGCACAACAAAGAAGUCUCUCUGCCUGAUAGAGGAAGCAGUUCACACCAAGGAAACCAAAGGAAGUCACAUGCUGCCAAUAAUGUCCAAAACUCAGAUUCACAAGUUCAUCAUCUCCAGUCCAUCGCGCCCCACCUUACACUAGACCAAUGCCAACAAAUUAUGGGCGCUGUAGGUAAAGAAGAUGUUUCACAAACCCAAGUAAAUUUUGCAGGACUUGGUUACGAAGAAGAUGAUUGGAUUGGGUAGGCGGCAUGGCAACCUAUACUAUUUUGAUUCAAACUAUAUUUCUCAGAAGCCACCAUCCUCCUCACACCAUGUGUUAUCUCGACAAAAUCUUUGGCACCUGCGGUUAGGACAUCCAUCAGAUGCCCGCCUUCGUAUCUUGGCUCAACAUGAAUCUGAUAUUUUCUUUUCCCAGCACUCUUGUGAUUUUUGCCCAUUGGCUAAACAAACUAGACUUCCAUUUACUUUAAGUUCCAUUUCAAGUAUUGCUUCUUUUGAUUUAAUUCAUUGUGACAUCUGGGGUCCACAUAAAAUUUCUUCU